UCGAAAUUUAAAUCGUUGUCGGUUAACGUCUCUCCGCAUCGGUUAAAAGUCCAGCGUCACAUCUCGUCUCCUACGUCUCCUACGCGAUGGGAUUAAACAGGUUGCAACCUGUUCAGGCGCGUUGAGUCACGCACGAUCGUGUUCCUACCUGUUUUCCAUAGACUCGUGUGCCUUCGAUUGUUAAUGAGGGACGGGUAAAAGUCGUGUAUCGUGAAAUGAGUGAUUCUGGGGACAGUGUUAAGUACAAAUGGACUCCUGAGAGCACAUCGUUGCUGGUUUCUGUAUGGUCGGAUGGACAAGUGCAGAAGCAGCUCGAGUAUGCGACGAAACCGCAGCUCAACUCCCGUUGGGAGAGCAUCGCCCGUUACAUGAAGAAAAAAGGGUACAACGUCUCGGGGAAACAAUGCAGAUCGCGUAUGAAACAGGUUUUGGUCUGUUAUCGCGAAGCUAAGAGGGCUGGAACCCGGGCUGGUGUCGAGCAAUAUUAUGAUCAGAUAGACACGGUCCUUAAAAAUAAACUAAUGGAAGAGCAUAAUAUUAAUGGCAUAGAUACCGUAGAUGCUAUGGUGAAUGCCAAGUCUCCUUUGAAGGAGGAGAAGACGAAUAAGAAUAUGCAGAUGAGGCAUAAGUUCCAAGAACCUGUUCCUUCCCUUCAUCGCACUGAAGCAUUAUCACCUACUUGGAUAUUUGGACGUGAAAAUGAAUAUCCUGAUUCUCCUGAAUCGAAUGAAACUGUGAUAGCUCAACCGUACAGAAUGUUCUCUCCCACGAGAGACGUGGCCAUCAACACCGGCGAACAGUUGACUCGACUAGCCGGCAGAUCGACGCAGUGCAAUUCGUUCCCAGUGGAAGAGCCACUGUGCGUGAAUUAUAAACAUAAUUUGGCACCGCAUUACAGAGAGAUACCGUUUCAAAAUGCGGUGCAGAACGUGCAGAAUCAAAUAAUCCAGGAAAACAUGCAGCAGAACCAGAAUCAUAUGUAUAACAGGCAAAAUGCGUUAGUGAACAAUCUGAAUUUCCAACAGAAUCUACAGAAUCUGAAUCAGGGUUCGAACAUUCAAUCCGUGAACGUGCCGGUACAAAUUAAUCCGAUGAGAGCGCAGAAUCCUAAUAUGGAACAGAUAAUUCAACACCAGAACCAGUUGCAACAAAUAAUAAAUGCGAAUAGUCGCGCGAUGCCUCAAGAGCCGCGGAGGGCGAUGUUAGAACAAAACUUGUAUAAACAGAACUACGGGAAUUUGUUGACUCAUAUGCCUCCCGUUCAACAAACAGGUUCUCUAUCUCCGGACUAUUCACCGGACGUGUCUCAGAACUUGAAUGACGCCUUCUGCCAGUCGAAGAACGACGAUAAAACGCAUAAUCUGAACGAGACUUUCAACAGAAAUAUGCAGACAGUGCAAAACCCAGAGAUGACUGUGAUGACGAACAAUGCGACAUGCAACGACGAGAGUUUCCUCGAAUACUUAAUGAUGGAUUCGCCGACUCCUUUAGAAAAUGACAACAAAUCGAAAGACACUGCUGUCAAUACGGAAAUUCCACAUGCCCCGUUUCGAAAGAAGAAAGCUCAGAAACUGGAGCAGCUCGUGUUAAGCGCUAUCAAUUCCCAGAACGAAGUCGUUAACAAGAUACUCUCUGCUCAGAACGAUAUGGUAUCGAAAUUCAUGGAUAUAGACAGAGAUCGUCAGAAUCGUCUGGAGAAUCGUCUGGACGAUUUGCUGAAAGUCGUUCACCAUUCUAUGCUCUCUAAACAAAGUUCGGAAUCGGACGCGGAGAUACCUCCACCGCCACCGGAGCCUACGAUAACUUCUUUGGCUCCUCCGCCGAGGCCUGGGAUCGCUCCACCUAAAUUAGACCUGGUGCCACCGAAGCCUUGUCGCGUCCCUUGCACGGUGCCGAGUUCUAACGUCGAAUUGAUCAACCAAAACACUGUAAUGACCAGACCAGGUGUCGUCUCGCCAAUAUCCAGCCCUGUGAAGAAGCCUGGCACGAUAUGGUCGAAAUUAGGCCCGGUAUCACAAUCUCCAUUCGUGAAAGCUCAGCAACGAUUAGGCUUCCAGUCAGUCGCAUCUGCAGCAGUGACUCGUACUCAAUCCUCUGCAGAGAGACGUAUUGCUAGAGAAGUAGAAAAAGAUAUGGACCCAAGAACCGUAAUGUUCGAAACGAAGAAAUUGUUGGAGGCGGAGAAACAAUUGGAGGAGAAGAUAGAGAAUGCUCGGCUCGAGUCAGCUUUGAGUCAGACUCUAAAUGCCCGUAGGAGACUGUUCACUCAGAGAGAACCGACUGCGGCGAUGAUUUUGACUGCUCAGUUCUUGGAAAACGAAUGUCACGCAGCGGAGCAGUUCGCCAAGUAUUAUAAUAAUAAAAUGAACAUAGACGAUAAUUUGUUAGCAGGCCAGGGAGAGGGUUAUGAUCGUCUGCGAAGAUUGAAUGUACAGUCUUGUUACAGCGAACCCUGUGAUACUUCGACGCCGGCUAAACUAGGAAUUGUUUCUGAUAACAAUGUGGUGGCUAAGCCGACGAUUCAGCAAUUGGCGCAAAUCGUGAUGAACGCAGGAAGAUGGAAAGAUGCCGCAGCACAGAACGGGCAAGCGAACGUACAGAAACGUCAGACGAAUGCACGUCCAGUUUCCUAUAACGAAAGACCAACGACAAGAGAGCCAGAGAUUCCGUUCAACAAUGAACAGAGGAGUGAUCAGGCAUACGUUAACGAAUGGAUGAUGAACAAGCAUGGAUAUCCAUCGAACGAUCAAAAAGCAGUGUGCAAUACGGUAAAUCAGAAACCAAACUACCCUAUUGGUUUCGUAAAACCGGAGAUUGGUAAUAUAAGGGAGGAGGAAUCUAACGGAGAAGUGUGGAGGCCAAUGGGGUUCAAUGUGCCAGAACGCAAACCCGGCGUGCGCUUCGCGAUGGACGAAGCGCUCGCCGAAUUGCAACGCAUGUAUAUUGAAACUGUGGUUAAGAAGCAACAAGAAAUGAACGACAGUUUGCCAUAUGUAUUGAGCAACGCCAACGCGCUUUCGCCUGAUAAUCGGCAGAUGAUCGAGAAGUAUAUUCACGAAAUGAUACCGAGGAAGGACAAGGACACAGACUCUGACAACGACGAAGAAUUCCUGGAUACUACUGCGACGAUGCCUGCGAUUGCUCCACGUCGAAACUCUAUCACUUCCAAUGGUACUGGAUCCACUGAAACGCAUUCCUCAAAAAUUCCGAAGCUCGAUAACUGUGUAGUAAGUUAAUUAUAUCUACUAGUUAAGAGAUUGUCUGAAAAGUUUCCUACAAGUAUAAUCUUGUCCAAGUCAUUUUGCUUCGUUCUUUACUUUUUCAGGCAAUCUGUAUAUGUAUUAUGUAGCUAUUUUGCUUUCAUAUCAAACACAGCUUUUUUUAUCUGAAGAGAAAUAUAAAUUACUAUAGAGUCUAAGGGAAUUAAGGCAAACGCACAUAAGGAUCUGUUUUCGAAUUAUAUUUUUUAAAGUCUCGUGCAAUAUUUAAAGAGAUACCUAGCUAAAAACAUUAUGCAAUAUAUAAUGUGUUAAUUCUUAUGAAAUUUUUCGAUAUUACUGACGUAAUCAUUCUUUUUAGACUUAUGCAAUAAAUACGCUCGUGCCUUCCGUGAUAUAAUCAUUCCUAUUAAACGUUGUUAAGUAAACCAAAUAUUAAAGAUUCUAUAUUAUCUUUUAUCGUAUCGUAUAAUGCAUAUAUAAUUUGUUACGAAUACGCAGUUGAAUUGCGUAAGAAUGUUUUCCUUUUCUCAAAUCUUAAAACGUAUUCAGUUUUCAUCAUGUAUCUUACUUAGCAUCUCAUAAAGCAUCUCAUUUCGUCGAGCCUGUUAUGAAUUGAACUUCAGUACUUACUAUUAACGUUUUUAAUGAAUGUAAUAAUUUUAUGCAUACCGACGCUGAUUUUAUUUAAACUAAUUGAAUAAUUUCGCGUCGGGAAAAAGUGUGAUGGAUUUGGAAUAAAGAGCAAUAAAAACAGCUGUGGUCAAUCAACAA